AUGCCCACGGGACACAUUCUUUGGUCUGUACAUCUUAAGGUUACUAUCUUUGGAACUCAAGCAUACCAGCUGUCACAAUACCUAAAAGAGAACCCGACGGUUAAUUGUGUUGUUAUAGUGAUGCAGUUUGUUAAGCUUAACAUUUGGGAUGGAGUCGGUCAAGCUAAAAGUCAUUUUGAAAUAACCAAAAUGUUCAUAAAUUCUGACAUUGUUGAAAUUAAUGAGUACAAGAAAAGAUUGAAAUCUGAUGACAAUCUUGGUAAAUCUGAAAAAAGCAUUACUUCACUCCAAAGCUACUCUUCUUCAUAUAUAGAUGACUUUAAAGGCACUUUCCCAUUAAAAACAAUUUGUGAAAUCACAGAACCACUGAAGGAAAUGAAAUUUUUGUUAGUUGCUUCAAUCGUUAAUAUAAGACAGAAUCUACACUGGUAUUACGAAGCAUGCUACAAAUGUGGAAAAAAAACAACUUCAGUUCCAAAACACAAUCAUUCGUAUACCGACCCUCAUAAAAUUAUAGAAACUGUUGUUGUUCAGUGUAAAGAUCCAAGUUGCAAUAAUUCGGAUUUUCGUACAGUUAUCAAGUAUAUAAUUCCAAUCAACGUACAAGAUGGUACUGGCACCAUCGGAUUGACUCUUUUUGAUAGAGAAGCAAAGAGGCUGUUAGAUAUCAGUGCAUAUGAGUUGAAAAAGAUACAUGAAGCGUGUAAAGAUCCAAGUUGCAAUAAUUCGGAUUUUCGUACAGUUAUCAAGUAUAUAAUUCCAAUCAACGUACAAGAUGGUACUGGCACCAUCGGAUUGACUCUUUUUGAUAGAGAAGCAAAGAGGCUGUUAGAUAUCAGUGCAUAUGAGUUGAAAAAGAUACAUGAAGCGUGUAAAGAUCCAAGUUGCAAUAAUUUGGAUUUUCGUACAGUUAUCAAGUAUAUAAUUCCAAUCAACGUACAAGAUGGUACUGGCACCAUCGGAUUGACUCUUUUUGAUAGAGAAGCAAAGAGGCUGUUAGAUAUCAGUGCAUAUGAGUUGAAAAAGAUACAUGAAGCGGCUGGAGACAGUCAUGCACUAUUUCCAAUGCAACUUAACGUGUUGAAAAACCGCAAGUUUGCUUUUCUUGUAGAUAUUACAAAAUACAAUGUCAACAACUAUAAUAAUAUUUACACCAUUCUCAAGCUUACAGAAGAUGUAUCCAUUGUUUCAGAAUUGGAAAGUAAAUUAGAACUUAUGAGUAUUGAAUCUGUCUCCUUAAAUCAAGUGCCUUUGGAAUCAGAUGAUGUUGUACAGUCUGUUCAAAAGGAUGUCAUCUCACAAACAGAUGAAAGUUUUACACCAUUAACAGUUAAUAAAUCAACCACAACAACACCGGGCAAAAUAUCAACUGAUUUGAAGCGCAACCUCCAAGACAUUUAUGACGUUGAUUCUGGAGAUGAUUUAAGUUCAACUAAGGCUAAAAGAAAAUCAAUCGGAGAGGAAACUCCACUCUUAAUUCCAAAAGUCGAGAAGUGA